UAUGCCUCCUGAAUGAAAACAAACUUCAAAUUCCACAACAGACAGAGGGCGGUGAGAAAAAUGGCUGACAUGGAUGAGGGGGAUGCGCAGGAACUCCCUAUUUUAAAUCCAAUUUUACAUGUUUUAGUGGUCGGGUUUCAUCACAAAAAAGGCUGUCAGGUCGAGUAUUCGUUCCCACCCUUGGUUCCUGGUUCCACAGACGAGACAGAAUGCCCUACAGGGUGGAAAUAUUUACCUACUUUAGCAUUACCUGAUGGAUCUCACAAUUAUGAUGAUGAUACUGUGUAUUUUCAUUUACCCAGUCUAACACACCCUCGCAAGACAGUGUAUGGAAUUUCCUGCUUCAGGCAAAUUCCUGUUGAGAAAUUGAAGCACCGUACCCCUGAUAUGACCAGAGGAACCGUGCAGAAAUCUGUUUGUGUUCUGAGUGAUGUCCCACUUUUUGGUCACAUUCAAGUGAAGAUGGAACUCAUAACUCAUGCUUACUUUGAUGAGGGUGAUUUCAGUAAGGUAUCUCUUCUUCAAGACACUUACCAUCAUCUCAACUCUUGUUUAUCCCAAAUUGAUAAUUUGCAGUCUGCCCCCCAACUCUUUGUUGGCUUGUCAACAAGGGAUCUCAUACUUCAAUUUCGUCAUAAAGCACUUAUUCUUUUUAAGCUGUUGCUAUUGGAGCGAAAAGUUGUAUUUUAUCGCUCUCCUGUACAGCCUCUAUGUUCCACUAUUUUAUCUUUAUUGUCUUUGCACCCUGGUAUGAUAGAGAGAGGCUUGACAGAAUCUGCUUGUGUACGCCCAUCUCGCCCUUUGUCUCCUAUUCCUCAUUUUGAUAGUCCUGACAAAGAGUUUGCUGAAAAAUCUUUAACCAAUUUGGAUUCAGUGCCUGAAAGAGUAGCAGUGUCUCAAGAUGUAAGUUCUACUGAUUCAGGAGUAGGAAGUAUUAUAGCUGAAAACUCUGAACUUACUAACAAUGAAGAAGAGCAGGCAGAGUGCAGUAAUUCCUCAGGCGCUUUGGAUGGUAACAAAUGGUUGGAUAUUUCCGCAAAAGAUGAGACAGAUGGUGGCAUGAGUGUUAGUGUUCCCAUCACUCCUUCCCAAAACACCUCUCCUACUGGUGUUGGUGGGCCUGUUGGUAUGGAACCCUUACCUAGAGAUUGCUCCAGCAACGAUCUUGCUUGCUGGCAGCAAAAUAAUCUUGCAGCAAUUGCUCAAAUAAAUCCUGAUGAAUGUGGAGCUCCCCUACAAAUCUUCACUAAGGGAUACUUAUGUUUACCAUACUUAUCACUUCCAUACAUGGAUUUACUGUUUGAUGUAAAUGUUCGAGGUUACAUUGUGGGAGCAACAAAUGUUCUUUUCAAACAAAAACGACAACUUAUGGAUGUUUUAGUUGAGGUGGAAAAUGCUACUCUUGAAACACAAGAUCCAGUUUUAAGGCGACAGUUGCAUUUGACCACUGAAGACCUUAGGUUUGCUGACUUUCUUGUGAGACAUGUAGCGGAGGAAAGACAUGACGUUUUUCUCGAUGGAGUUGGUUGGGAGGGUGGUGAUGAAUGGAUUAGAGCACAAUUUCGAGUUUAUCUCCUAUGCCUCCUUCGAACAUCUCUUUUACAAGAUAACAGUAGAGAAAUUGAUCAAUUUAAUAGUGCUUUCAUUACUGCUUGGAAGACUACUUCAAAUUAUCAAGUCUGGCUAUCCUCAGAACAUGAUGGUAUCCUUGACGUCAACCCAGGCCAUCCAUUUGCAGGCCAGCUCUCUGUCGCAGACAUGAAACUCAGAAUUAGCCAUACCAUGCAGAACACGGAGGGUGGUAGAAAAGUGACGCAGACAUUUGUUUCAACUGGAAAAGCUGUUGGAGGAGCCAUUAACCAAGCUAAAGGAGCCCUUUCAAACUGGUGGAGUAAUCUAACAACAAAUCAAGUAACAGGCACAGCUGUUGAUGAUGCAGAACUUGCAGCUUCUGAAACUGACAUUGUAGAAACUAUUUCCUCAGGAGCUCAAAAUCAAACUUUGCAGCAGAGCUGCUUGGAAUAAGCAUGCUAGAUUAGGUAGAUACCGGUUUACUGUUUACUUCAUCCAUUCCUCUUGUGUACUAUUGUGUAAAUGUAUUAUUGGGUUGAGACAGAAGAUAGAUAAAAAGACAGUGUAUCAUUUCUAUGUUAAAAAUAAUUAACUAAUUAAUUGAUCUCAAAGUAUGUACCACAUGUACGUUAUAUGUUUGUAGUACAGAAAUUCUAGACAAUCUCAGAAUUUGAAUGGCAUUUAAAAUCAUUCUUAAAUGAAAAACUGAUGCAUCCCAUUAUUUUAAUAAUGUGUGAUUGUGACAUACUACUACAUACAUACACAUAUAUGGGUCAUUUUCAACCAAUUUUAAGCAGUUAAGCAAUUGUGGCACAACUACCUGACAGAAAUAUGCACUAUUAAUGUUUGUAGAGAGUAGUUCUAGAUAGCUUUAAGUUGGAAUUGAAUCUAUCCGCAUAUUACGAUCUGGAAAUGGUCCUUCAAACAAUAUGUUGUUUAAAUGUAAAUAUCUAUUCCUGUACCAACUAUUACAUCACAAGCUUGUACUGAAAUAAGAAUGAUCAGGAUAUCACCAAACUUAAAAAAGCAAUUUUGUUUUAAACAAAUUAUUUUAUUUCUUGUUGUGCACAUACCAAUCUUAAAUGAAGAUUUGAUGUAGUAGGUUCGUUUGUUAUGUUUUUAUUUGGCUGUGUUUGAUUUGUUGUGUGUAUUUGUGCUUUUGUCACUUGGAAUGUGUGUAAAGAGCUCAGUUUUAUCAUGUUAUACUUUUAUGUAUUUUUUUCUUAUACAAAGUUUUUUAAAUUAUUUCUCUUUUUGUUAUUAUUUUGCUAUCCUAAUACUGUUUUACAGUAAAUGGAUUUAAAUGAUAUUAAGAGCUUAUGGCAAUCUUCAUAAUUGUUUGUUAAGACUCCCAAAUUCUUUGAAAAUGCUUAUUUUCCUCCAAGGAUAAAAAGUAUUGUUUCUGAAUGGGGUUGGUGUCUAUGGCAGGCAGGCAUUGGGAGGCAUGGCUCAUGGAAACUAGGCAACCUUUGUCGUACGUUGUAGUAGGGAAUGUUCAUGUUUAAACUUGUUCUAUUGUUGUUCUCAAAGGCAGAUACUUACUGUGCGGUUUAUGGGCUUUCCUCUGUGUUCCAAAAGCAAGCUAUAGUGUAGUACUGACGAAAGAAUGUUACUGCCCGUAUCCCCACCACGUUUUACAGUACCACUCUUCCGUCUGACUCGCUAUACCUAUUAAAAUUGUGAUUGUCUUACCACAUAUUUAUUUGCCGUGGAAUCAAAGACUGGCUUAAAGCCAUUAAUUGAGUCAUCAAUCAAUGCUGGUCCACAAAUUGAAAAAUUAUAAAAAGUAACCUCAUUACCUCGAGGAGUGACAAGUCUUGGAUGCCGUUUGGUAGUUUUAUCAGUUUUUGAAAUUGUGCAACACAUUUGGACAGCCAAAUUGUGUAAAUAAUGUCAUAAUCAAUUUUAUACAAAAUGUUACUUACGGUAUAACAGUUCAGACCAUUUGACAGUAAACACUUUAAAAGGUUUGAGAAGA